GAUCUUUUAGAUGCACCUUCUACACUUUGGCAACUACCGUCUCUCUGUGGGGAAACCUUUAUGUAUAUAUUUAUAUUGUUGUGUGUGUGUGAGAGAAAGUGAGGUAGAGUUUAUAAGUUUUCUUGGUCAAAGUGAUUUUUCUCACGGUCCCUUGAGAUGUUAGAAUUGGGUUAAAGAGCAUGAGAUUGUGGUAGUCUUCUAAUAGAAACAGAGUGUGGCUGUAUCUUGGAAGAUUGUUGGGUGUAGCGGGAUUUAGAUGUUAAAGUCCAUUCUUGAACAAAAUGACUACGGAGUUUGUGGAUUUGGUAAUUGGUGGUAAUACAAGUCUAGAAUAGUUUAGUUUUUAGCAGAGCUAAACCAAGCGUUUUAAUGGUUAAGCUGGGCUUGGUUAUUGUAUGAAGUUGAUGUUUAGGGUUUUGACUUUUAUGGAUUUUGUGGUGGUGGAUUUGGACAAGGCAAAUGAAGCUGAGCGUAGCUGUCUAGAAGAGAGUACAAGUAUAUUUGAAGGAGUUGAAAUCCAAGAGCCUUAUGUGGGCAUGGAAUUUGAUUCUGAAGUAGCUGCUAGAAAAUUUUAUGUUGAUUAUGCCAGACGGGUAGGAUUUGUUGUACGCAUAAUGCAAAGGCGACGUUCUGGAAUUGAUGGGAGGACUCUUGCUCGUCGACUUGGAUGUAACAAACAAGGAUUCUCACCAAAUACCAAGGGAGCACUGGGACCAGAGAAAAAGCCAAGACCUAGUGCCCGUGAAGGUUGCAAGGCAACUAUCUUGGUAAAGUUAGAAAAAUCUGGAAAAUGGGUUGUCACCAGAUUUAUAAAGGAUCACAACCAUCCUCUAAUUGCUACAGCUAAUGGAUUUGGCACAGUGGGUGAUAAAGAUAAGAAAAUUUCAGAACUUACAAUGGAGUUGGAACGCCAAGAUCAACUUUGUGCUUCAUACCGAGAAAAACUGCUCAGCUUCAUAAACAAUGUUGAGGAGGAGACACAUGAACUGUCCACAAAAGUUCAACUCGUUGUCGAAAAUGUAAGGAGAGCUGAAUCAGAAUUGAAAAAAUGUUCACUGAACAUAAAGCCUUGGUGCUUAACCUGAUUGUAUAAAUGAGAACGAGUAUAGUAAAUAAUUUUACUACGUAUAGGUCUCCUUUGUUUAUACAUCGAAAUCUGUUCUUUGCCUUCUCAAGAGGACAGGGAAAGAUUAUUGAGGGAAUGAAACCGUAAGGCUCCACAGUCACCAAACUUUUGCAGAAGAAAUGGAGUACACUAUCUAUUACUGCAUCCUUUGAAAAGGUUCAAAAUUUUCCACUUUAGUGUAAUGACUGUACAUUCUAUUAGUUAAUAUCUUUCCUGUUAGGCGUCUUACAAAUCAAGAUUUUCAGUUCAACCCAAAUUAAAGUAAAACUUCUCUAGCUUUACGGA